CCGCAACCCUCGAUCUACCUGUCAACCCCAGGUUUUCAUAUCCUAACGUUUCGCUGCGAUGAUAUGUAAUCCCCUGAUGUCGACAUUGAAAAGCGCAUCGAGAUACGCCACCAACCCAUACUACGCCUUCGUCAUCUGCGUAAUCGCUUGUGGUAGCACUCCUAAAGGUUACGACGAGGGUGGCUUUAGUGCCAGCGUGUCUCUCCCUUCCUUUGUGAACGACUUCAACCUCGUCAAGUCCCACUGGAAACACGAUCCCACAGCGCUCGUCAACCGCAAUGCGAAUAUCACCUCUUUCAAUAUCCUGGGCGCGGCCUUUGGUGCGUUGUCCGGCCUUAUCUUGAACGACUAUUUAGGUCGUGUGCGGUCGUGGCGACUAGGAUGUCUUGUCUGGGCGUCGGGUCUAUUCGUUCAGGUCUUCUCCUCCGGUAUCUAUGGGUUGAUUCUGUUCGCGAGAAUCUGGAGUGGUCUGGGUUCUGGUCUGCUUACGGUGACUACGCCGUUGUACCUAUCUGAGAUUGCGCCGACGAGGACGAGAGGGCUGGUGGUCAGCGUUUACAUGGUGAAUCUCCUGGCCAUUCUGACCUUGGGUUUCUUCAUCAACUAUGCCGCACAACUCCACGUGUCUCCCACGCGAACCCAGUACCGUCUCGUGCAAUCAAUCCCCUUAAUACCAACGGGCAUUGCCUUCCUUCUAUCCUUCUUUGUCCCAGAAAGCCCCCGAUAUCUCAUUUCCAGAGGAUACCACACUGAAGCACGAGCCAUCCUAGCCCGUCUCCGCAGAAAGCCUAUAUCCGAUCCCAGCGUAGAGACCGAAUUCGACGAAAUCGACGCCCAGCUGCGCGAGCGAGUAUCAGUGUCCUACUGGACAGUCUUUGAAGAAAUCCAGACAAAUCCCAACUACCGACAACGCUUCUGGCUUUUCAUGACCAUGCAAACCGUCGCCCAGUGGACCGGUGGCAACGGCAUCACAUACUACGUCAGUGACAUCUUCAAAUACGCCGGCAUAACGGGGAACUCGACAUCGCUCGUCUCGUCGGGAGCCUACGGCAUCGUGAAGCUGGUCUUUACCAUGGCCUUCACCUGGUUCCUGAUCGAUAUCGUCGGCCGACGCCGCUGUACCAUGGCCGGUCUCUCGCUCCAACUAGCCGCGCACCUGUACAUGGCUAUUUACAUGGGCCUGCAGCCUGAUUCGGGGCGUAACAAGAAUGCAUCCAAUGCUGCCAUUGCCUCUAUCUUCAUAUAUGCCGUUGGCUGGUCCAUCGGACUCUGCACUAUGCCCUUCGUCUACGGGACCGAAAUCUUCCCGACCCGCAUCCGAAACGUAAGCUACGCUAUCGGAACGGCUUUGCAUUGGUUCUUCCAGUUCGCUGUCGUUCGUGUGACGCCUAACAUGUUCUCCUCGCUUCAUGUCUGGGGGGCGUAUUGCUUUUGGGCUGCUAUUUGUUUCUCGGGGAUUGUCGUGUUGGGCAUCUGGAUGCCCGAGACAAAGGGCGUUCCUAUGGAACACAUGGGUGAACUCUUUGAUGGACCUUGGUACUUGCACUGGCGGGCUAGCGUUAACCUACCCGAAGUUCAUCGCCAGUCGGUGUUGUACUCCAAGAGUACCGAUGUCGGUGUUGCUUUCCAUUCAGAGUUCGAUGGAACGCAGUCAGAUCGGGAAUUCAAAGCUCUUUCUUAG